AUGGGUGCAGGUAGCAGUUCUAGAGCCAGGCCAAAGAGGAAGAAGGGUAUCAAAAAAACGGAGGUCAUCAGUUAUGAACAAAGCGUGGUGCAAUUGUCGAAAGAAGGGAGAAAGACAUAUAUGAUUGUGGAGAAAAAACGUAAAAGGCCAAUGAACACAAUUCAUGGAGCUUACUCAGCCGUCUUUGAUAACACAUAUCCUCAAUACAACUGGCUUUACAAUGGCUGGCUCGUCGAGGAGCGUCGCAUCAUGCUGUCUGGCCGACUUUACCGGUACUAUUACGAUCCAAAGGGGAAAGAGUACAAAUUCAGGUACCAAGUGGAGCAGGUUCUCACAAGCAUUGGAAAGCAUCUGGCUAUUAAGAAGCCAGUGGUCAUCGUCCUUGACGACUAA